AUGGGUGAAAAAAUAGAAAUUUUAAAAUCACCAAAUGAUAAAAAUCAAUACAGAUACAUUAAAUUAGAAAAUGACCUGGAAAUUGUAGUAGUUUCAGACCCAAGUUCAGACUAUUCAGCUUGUUCUUUGUCUGUUGGUGUCGGUUCACUUUCAGAUCCAAGAGAAGUCCCUGGUUUAGCCCAUUUUUUAGAACAUAUGCUUUUCCUUGGUACAGAAAAAUUCCCAGUUGAAAAAGAGUUUUCUAGCCUUAUUUCCUUAAAUAGUGGAUCUUAUAAUGCCUCGACUGCUUUAAAUAAAACAACUUAUUAUUAUAAACUUCCAAAUAAAGAUGACGAAUUACUUAGAGAAUCAUUAGAUAGAUUUUCAUCGUUUUUUAUCUCACCAUUAAUGAAUAAAGAUGCAGUUUCAAGAGAACUUAAUGCUGUAGAUUCUGAACAUAAUAACAACAGAGAAAAAGAUGCGUGGAGACUCAAUAGAAUUGUUAAUGACCAAUUUGAAGACCACCCAAUAUCAAAUUUCCAAACAGGCAAUAAAGAGACAUUAGAUAUUGAAGGAAUUAGAGAAAAGGUUGUAGAUUUUUAUAAUAAAUUUUACUCUGCCAAUAACAUGAAGGUCUCUCUUUAUGGUAAAGAAUCAUUAAAUCAAUUGGAGGCAUUAGCCAGAGAAUUUUUUUCACCAAUCAAGAAUAAAAAUUUAGAAGUUCCCAAAUUCGAGCCACUUCAAUUAAAGCAAUCAGUUUGGAUAGAAGCCCAAUCAAAUCAAUAUGAUCUCCUUAAACUAAUUUCCCCAAUUUACGAUACAUCAAUCUCUUUUCAAACCUAUAAAGACCAAUCACCCACCAUUUUCUCCCACAUUAUUGGCCAUGAAGCAACUGGUUCACUCUAUUCAGUCUUGGUAGAAAAAGACUAUGCAACUUCACUAUCAUUUGGCCUCUCAUCUUCGGCCCCAACCAUUAACAAAUCAGAACUCAAUGUUUUUUUAACACCACUUGGCAAAGAAAAUAUUGAUGAAAUCAUUGGUUUAUAUUUCCAAUAUAUAGAAAAAUUUACAGUCCCAGAAUACACUUAUGAAGAAAAGAAAUUACUAAGCGAGGUAAAUUGGUCAAGAUUCCAAAAAUCCGAUCCAAUGGCCUUUGUAACCAACAUUUCUCAUCAUCUCUUAAAAGUCGACUCACCAGCCGAUGUAAUCAAAUACAAUCAUUUCUGGGAAAAUUUUUCACCUGAAAAAAUUGAAAAAAUUAAAACCUACAUCAGACCAGAUAACAUGGUUGCCAUUCUCUAUGUUCAAGACCCAAAGGUUACAAAUCAAGUUGAAAAAUACUAUGGUUUAGAAUUUAGCAAAAGAAUCAUUACAGAGGAUGAAAUAAAGAGAUGGAAAGCUGUUCCAAAUUGUGACAAACUUUAUACUCCAGGUCCAAACCCAUUUAUGCCAGAUGAUUUCACAAUGAAAGCUCCACAAGAUCAAAAAAUUUGCAUUCCAGAGGUAGUCUAUGAUGAAAAUGGUGUCUUAAUUUUCCACUCUAUGGAUCGUCGUUUCAAUACACCAAGAACAAAAGUAAAUAUCAAGUUCGAAACCCCCUUUUAUGGUACCACUUACGGCAAUGUUUUUGCUCUACUUUUAAAAAAAAGUUUAAAAGGCGUUUUAAACGAAAAGAUUCUUUACUAUCUCUCUGUUUUAGACUACGAGAUGAGUAUGGAUGUCCUCUAUUCCCGUUUCGAACUUUGGGCAAAUGGUUUCAGUAGUAAAAUUUUUAUAGCCUUAGAAGAAGUUUUAAAAUUCUUUUACUCAUUUGAACUUACAGAUCAACAGUUUGAAUCUAUCAAAUAUAAAACUCAAAAGAAAAUCGAAUCAUCACUCGUCAGUCCACCAUAUGUCACAGCAGAUAACAAUUACCUUUUAUAUACCCUAAGUGGUAAUGGAUCAAUCAAAGAUAAAAUACAAAUUUUACAAUCUGUAACCAAAGAAAGCUUUCUUUCCUCUGUCAAGAAUUUCUUUAACUAUAUCAAUUUUACAAUUUUAGUGGUCGGAAAUUCUUCAAAAGAAGAGGUUCAAACCUUUGGUCAAAAUUUAAAUAAACUCAAUCGUAUUAAAGUUGCCGCAAAUGAUGUUUUUACCCUUGCCCGUGUCAAUUUACCACAAGGUAUAGAGACCCAUGUCAAAAAGCAAGCCGAUAACCCUGAACAAAAAAAUUGUGCUGUUACAAUGGCCUUUCUUAUUGGAGAAGCUGCCACUUAUAGAAACAAGGCAAUUGGUUUAUUAUUAUCUCAAAUUAUAAGUAUUGCUUACUUUGACGAACUAAGAACUAAACAACAAGUUGGUUAUAUAGUUAGAGCAGAAUAUGACCAAUCUGGACAUACUACAUGUGUACGUACAGUUGCUCAAUCACAUACCAAAACUCCUGAAGAAAUUUAUGCUGCAACUGAAAAGUUCCUUAUUGACUAUGUUAAUGACCUUUUAGAAUUAGAAAAACAACCAGAGCUAUUCAAAAACAUCAUUAAUAGUCUUAAACAAUCAACAAUUGCUAGUUGUUAUAACAAUAGACAACAAGCUAAUUUCUAUUGGACCUGUUAUUUAUACUCUUACGAUUUUGAAUUUGAUGUCAGAAUUUGUAAUGAAUUAGAAAAAUUAACAAUUCAAGAUAUUAUUCAAGCUUUCAAUGAUUACUUUUUACCCUCAAGCUCAAAACGUCGUCUUUUUGUUUCCCAAGUCUACCCAGCCUCAAUGAAAUUUGAUGUAAAUUCCAAACCUGAAAAAGAAAAUAUUAAUGUAAUUCCAGAUGGAACACAUUCCGAAUUUAGACAAAACUGCAUUAUUAUGGAUAUUGAGUUAAUUCCUCCACCACCAAGAGAAAAAGAGCAUCUAUUGAUUGAGUUGGAUGUUAAUAAUAAUAAUAUUAAUAAUAGUAAUAAUAGCAUAACUACAAAUAAUAAUAUAGAGCAACAAAUAGAAAGUGAACCAAAUAAUAGUAAUAAUAAUAAUAAUAUAGAAGAAAAUAAUAAUAACGCAAAUAAUACUGUUUUAAAUAAUAGUAUUGAUAAAUCACCAGAUACAUCAAAUAUACAAGGGGCAACUGCAAAUCAAGGAAAUACAACAGUAGCAGAGACUAAUACUUCCACCACAGAAACAACAACAACAAAAAGUAGCGGUGAAAAAUUAAAUUGUAAAAUGCAUAGAUCAAAUUUUAUUUUAACACAAAUUGGAGGUAAAAAAUUAACAGAUAUGACAUUAGAAGAAUUAUUAGACGAAACUGAUGAGCGUUCAGGUAUGGGAUAUAGAGCACCUGGUCCACAAGGUUUCUUGCAAUAUGUUGGUGAUGUCGAAAUGAAACCUCCAACUAGUGCAGGCUCUCAAUCACCUACAUUAAAAUCAUCAACUUCAUCACUCCAAAAUCAAAAAAGCACUGGUAGCAUUAGUAAAAAGAAUCAACAAUCAUCAUCCAGCCCAGUUCUCACCAGUACACCAAAAUUAAAAUCAUCAUCAUCUUCAGUUAAAGCAAGUAAUAGAGACUCUGCUAUUUCAGGUACAAGUGAAACCGGUUCUACUAGAGCAACCAAAGAAAGAAAGAGUUUGAAACCAACAUCGACACUUGGUAGACUUCAAAAGAAUGAAGAGGAAAGAAGAAAAAGAAAGGAACAAAAGAGAGCACGUGCUCGUGAAAAGCCAAUUUACGUUGGUUUGCUUGAUGAACUACCAGCUGAGUGUCUCAAGAUGGUAAAGAAAUCUAAAAUUCCAGAAGAAAAAUUAAAUCAAAAUUUACAUAUUCUCUUACCAAUCCUUAGAUUUAGAACUGGUUAUAAUUUAAGAUCUGUACAAACAACCACUACAACUACCACCACAAAUAAUAACAGUUCACCAGCACUAAGUUCAUCAAACUCAUCCAUUAAAAAUAAUAGUCACCACCAUCACAGCACAUCAAAUGGUAAUUUAGUUGGUGGUACACAAUCACCAGAGAUUUCAAAUAGUACUGAAUUAAACAGUAAUAAUCCACAACUUCAAACAUCUGUACAAAAUACUUCAACAAAUAAUGUAAUUUUAACAACCACAGCUUCACAAAGUAGCCAUGCCCCAUAUCAUCCAAGUCAUAAAAGUAAUGAAGAGGACGACUAUGAUGAUGGUUCACGUUUAGAAAAUGCAAUUUUACCAAAAGGCACCACCGAUUUAAUUGAUACUGAAAGAGAUGUAAAAAAACUUUAUAAAAACUUAAAACAAAUUGGCAGCGGUGGUUUUGGAAGUGUAUUUUUAGCAAAAUCAACAGUUGAUAAAUGUGAAAUCGCAAUUAAAAAGAUUGCACAUGUUUCAGCUAAAGCUCAAAGAACCAAUCUAAAUGAAAUUGGUUUUCUCAAUUUUUGCAAACACCCAAAUAUUGUUUCAUAUUUAAGAUCUCAUUUAGUUGAUGAUCAAAUUUGGAUCGCUAUGGAAUAUAUGCAAGGUGGUACAUUAACCGAAGCAGCUCAUGGACACAGUUUUAAUGAAAGUUGUAUUGCCUAUGUAGCUAGAGGGAUGUUGGAGGGUUUACAAUACUUACAUCAACACAAUACAGUCCACAGAGAUAUUAAAUCAGGAAACAUUAUGAUGACCAUCGAAGGUAAAAUUAAAAUCGUUGAUUUCGGUCUUUGUGUCGACGCAAACGAAAGAAAAUUAGUACAUAUGGCUGGCUCACCAUUUUGGAUGUCACCAGAAAUGAUUAGAGGCGAAGGUUACUCAUGUCCAACUGAUAUUUGGAGCUUUGCAAUUUGCCUUUUAGAAUUGGCAAAUGGUGAACCACCACACCGUAAAUCGUCGUUAACUGCUAUGUUUACCACAGCCACCGAGGGUUGUGCUGGUCUCGAUAGACCAGAGAGAUGGACUCCUUCUUUCACAGACUUCUUAAAUAUGUGCCUUCAAAUGGACCCAACUAAAAGAGCAACUGCCACCGAAUUAUUAAAACACCCAUGGUUACAACUCUCAGAGAAUCCUGAAACAAUGAAGAAAAUCUUAGCUCAAAUUUUUAUUGCAAAUGUUAUGAACCAUUUAGAUCCAAUCUAA